AUGCACUUUAUUAUUUAUAAUACAAUUUUUUUUUUUUCUGUGUAUAGCACAACAGAGUCUGAUGCCAGCCACCUACAAACAUAUGAUGAUGUCAAGGACUAUUAUGGGAAGCAGCUGACUGAUACAACGGAUCUUAAAACCUCAGCCUGUGCCGCUUUUUCCAGACCUUUACCAAAACACAUAAAAAAUGUAUUAAGUGAGAUUCAUGAAGAUAUUUCUUCACGUUACUAUGGAUGUGGCCUCACAGUUCCAGAAUGUCUGGAGGACUGCAGGAUCCUGGAUCUGGGCAGUGGAAGUGGAAGGGACUGUUAUAUGCUGAGUAAGCUGGUUGGACAAAAGGGAUAUGUUACUGGAGUGGACAUGACCGAUGAGCAGUUAGAGCUGUCAAGGAAGUACAUUGAUUAUCACAUGCAGAAGUUUGGAUAUGAACAGCCCAACGUGGAAUUCGUCAAAGGGCACAUUGAAAACCUGAAAUCUGCAAAUUUAGCUGAUGAGACCUUUAAUAUUGUAAUAUCUAACUGUGUGAUAAAUCUUUCUCCUGAUAAGAAGGCUGUGCUAAAGGAAACUUACCGUGUUCUAAAGUACGGGGGAGAAAUUUUCUUCAGUGACAUGUAUAUUGACAAGAAGCUUCCGGAGGAACUUAAAAAAAACAAAAUGUUGUGGGGGGAGGGCAUUGCUGGAGCAUUGUUGUGGAAAGACCUCUUUCAAGUGGCUGAAGAGAUUGGAUUCAGUCCCCCUCGACUAGUCACCUCCAGAUACCUCACCAUUAACCAGGAGCUGAGAGAUAUCGUCGGUGACCAUAAGUUUGUCUCUGCGACCUUCCGCCUCUUCAAACUGCCAAAAGACGUUGUGAAGGAGCAAAGCCUGGUGACUUACACAGGAGGAAUUACUGGCUAUGAAACGCAAAUUCAGUUGGAUGCAAACUACACGCUCAUGGAAGGGCAAGCUGUAGAAGUGGACGAAGAGCUAUGUGGAAUUCUGAAAAACUCUCGAUUUGGGGAUCACUUUAUAUUUCAGCCCCUCAACAAAAUAUCUGGAUGUAAAAAGCCCAGGUCCUUCCUCUCUUCAUCCAGCAUUGGUGUCGGGCGGUCGUCACUCCUAGACACCGAGAGGCACUGA